GUAUAUUUCCGAGGGUCUUAUGGUAUAUUUUAUCGGCCACUCCGCGGUCACACUAUUCGUCCGGUUGUUCGUGAAGACGGAAGGUAAAACAGUAUUUGUAAAAUAUAAAUUUGAAAUUUGUGAAAGUACUACAAUAAAGCAACAAUGGCUUCUGGUGUAACUGUGUCCGAUGUCUGCAAGACUACAUACGAGGAAAUCAAAAAGGACAAAAAGCAUCGCUAUGUCAUUUUCUACAUCCGUGACGAGAAGCAGAUCGAUGUGGAGACUGUGGCAGAUCGCAACAGCGAAUACGACCAGUUUCUAGAAGAUAUCCAGAAAUGCGGUCCUGGCGAAUGCCGAUAUGGAUUGUUCGACUUUGAGUAUAUGCAUCAAUGCCAAGGCACCUCUGAGAGUUCAAAGAAGCAAAAGCUGUUCCUUAUGUCAUGGUGUCCCGAUACUGCUAAGGUUAAGAAGAAGAUGUUGUAUUCCAGCUCUUUCGAUGCUCUCAAGAAAUCGCUGGUGGGCGUACAAAAGUAUAUACAAGCCACUGAUCUGUCCGAAGCCUCCCGGGAAGCUGUCGAGGAGAAGCUUCGCGCCACCGACCGCCAAUAAAUCGUAUGGGAGAGAGCACUGUGCAUUGCAUUUAACGAACAAGCAAGGCAUGCAUAAAACAGCGAUCGAAACACACACACGUAUCCUGUUGAGAUCGCCAAU